AUGGCUGGCGAUGCGGUGGUUCAAUUAUUUGCGCUAUGUGCCGUCUCUUCGUUCUUUUACAUAUCUCAAACCUUUGAGCGUCAUUCUCUAACCGUUUGUUACGGAGUCAGUUGCAUCACCAAGUGGUUUCCUGGCGCAGAUGGACGUUUCACGACACAUCGUCGCCAAGGUUCCCUACUUGACGGUGUACCUGAUGCUGCCAAAAGCGAGAACACUCAUCUACCAGGAAGGCCACGAAGACUAUCACUUCCUGUCCUUAUUCUGUGUAUCGUUCUAAGGCUUGAGGUCUUUCACCGUGUAAACUAUCAGCAACAAUGCGCAACUCCAGGUCUUGAGUCAUUCCUCUGCGUCCUGUUCUUCGCAUAUGAAAUCUUCACAGCUCGAAAGAAAUGGGGAGUUCCGCCUCCUGAGGAUCCAGAUGAUCCAUGGCGUUCAUGCUUUGACGACUUGGUUGACUGGUUCAGUGGACCCAGAGUUAUGCUUACUCUGGCAGUAUCCAGCCUCAUGAUAUUCUCUACAGGCACCUACUACGCCAUCAGUCGGAUCACACGGUCUACUUAUUAUUGUUUCGAACUCGUCGAGAGCAAGCGAACAACUCUGGCUUUGCAGUGUACUGGACUUAUGCUCGAUCUCAUCAUCGUGGUCCUCCUCUGGCGUUUGCUGGCCUGGUCUCGAACCGCUAAGCUUCGUCUACGAACUCUGGGAACAGUUCUGACCCUUUCAUCAUUGUCAAUGGGCCUUGUGUGGAUCGGAAGCCGAAUUUCUCGAGGCUCUUCCGUGUUACAUGCUGGUUUUGGCUUCUUGUACGGCUUCGACAUCAUUGUCGACAGUGUUGCAUUCGCAGCUCUUAUGAUAUCAGCCUCUUUCUGGGUAUGCGAGACAGCGCCGCUCAUACCAGCCAGUACCAUCACAUUUCUUGUAGGAACUGCUAAGGCUUGUCAGAAUAUCUUCCAGUAUGGAGACUACAUCCACCCCAAGCGACUCCCUGAGAUUACGCCGCUCUACAUGAUUGCAUUUGGCAUGAUAUUUUUUACCUACACGCACGGCAUACGCUCCGUUGUAUUCAUCCAACGCUUUGUGCUUCUGGCUCUCCUUGUUGGUCUUGUCAUGGGCACUACUGUGUUCAUUGCCAAAACAGAACCUCAGACCUUUGUGCGCCACCCUAUCAAUGACUUCAUAUAUAGAGCGAACAUUAGGCAGUCUCGCUGGAUGCAGGAGGCAACCACAAGCAACAGUCUUCCCAUUGCGCACAAGAUAUACAAGGAGCGUCACGAUGGCCAAGACCCUCCUCCGGCGUUUGCAGACUGGUAUGAACUAGCCAAGAACACCGCGGUGAUUGACCGAUUCGAUCAAAUUGACCGAGAUUUGGCUCCGUUCAAAGCCAUCCCACCACAAAAGUUGCGGCAACGCACGUCACUGGUGUCCCAAAUUCCUGGUGUUCAUGUCAUUGGCAUCAAAGAUGGCAACGCAUCGAGACUGCCCGAAGUUACCGGACAUGAUGCAGAGUUAUUGGAUGGUUUGGUGGCCUCCAUAAGCAAAUUUUCGAAAUUCCUACCCGAUAUGCUCUUCCCAGUCAAUCUGGGUAUUACACCGCGAAUUCUACCAACAUGGGAAACUGCCAAUGGGCAGAACCGAGCUGAUCUGACCCCCAUCGUUAAUCUCAUUUCGAAGAGAUCCAUUGAGGGAGAUGGCGCCGAUAAAGGCAGUGAAGUGAAGCCGGCAGAAACCCCUGUCCCGAAGCCAUUACCUGCCUUGCCCAAAUCUCCUCAGACGGACCAAUCUUCCAUGAUAUCCCUAGCCAACUAUCGCCAGAUGCAGGUUGAAGCAUGCCCUCCUGGCUCACGGACACGAACCAACCCUCAUUGGAACAUUGGCGAGUUUUGUGCCGACUGCGUGCGAAGACAUUCAAAAGCGCAGAUAAUGGUUAAGUGGGAAAGGUCUAUGGAAUAUUGCGCUCAGCCUGAUCUCAAGUACCUUCAUGGAAUGUCCCUUUCCAGUCCUCACGCAGAGCCCAUUCGGGACCUGCUACCCCUGUUCGGACCAUCAAAGUCGGAGCCUUUUCAGGACAUCUUGAUUCCUCUCCCACAGCCAGAUGACGGUAAGACCGACAUUAGUUGGAACUUUGACCGUCGAUAUGAUUCCAUGUUCUGGCGAGGUCAAACUGGCAACGAAUACAUAUCAGACCAAGCUCUGCGCGGUAAUCACAAGUUUCGACUCCUUCAUAUGUUGGGUAACCGAAAUCCAAAAGACAAGAUCUCGAUGAUUCUCCCAUCAGCCAAUGAUCCGAACGCAUAUCAACAUGAAAAGGUCCCUAUCGCUGAAGCAAAUCUUGUCGUGCCUACAAGUGUUGGCAUGAAGGACUACACAGGCUGCCAAGGCCCCAACUGCGAGCUCCUCCGUCAAACAUAUCCCGUUGUCGACGAAUCUAAGGAUCAAGAACCUCUCGAAUACCGAUACAUCCUUCUCUUGGACCAGGACAACGGACCCUCGCCCGACCUCCUUCGCGUGCUCCGCUCAAAGAGUGUGCCUCUCAUCUCCACCCUCUUCCGGACGUGGUACAGCGAUCGCCUGAUUCCCUGGCUACAUUUUGUACCCAUCGACACACGUUAUCAGGGUUUACACACCACCUUGACGUACUUUACAGGCACGCACAAGAAAGCGAACAUCAACGGGCGCGAUACAGACAUGAAAGGGCAGACGAAGGAUGGAGCAUGGAUCGCUCAGCAGGGUUCUAAAUGGGCGAAAGAAGCGCUUGGCGAGAAGGAUAUGGAAGUAUAUCUCUUCAGGUUGAUGCUCGAAUGGGCAAGAUUGGUUGACGACAAACGUGACGAGAUUGGAACAACUCGAGAUGCUAAAGGCAAGUUUCAAAGCUCACCAUGGACAAAAGGUCAGAAGUGGUGA